AUGCCCUUCUUCAAGAACGUCUUCACAUCAAAAGACAAGCAAAAGGCUGCAAAAGCCGCGCCCGAGCCUGCAGCGCCGCCAAAACCCCGGUGGGAGGAAUCAUGGACGCGCAAAGAUGUCGCGCCCGAAGAGAUCCAGGAACUCAUCCAUGUCUGCACACAAGAGAUGAAGUCGCGAGCACUGGAUAUGCCCUUUCUGCUCCUCCCAUUUCGCCCCACCUCCGACACAAGUGCAUCCCGCAACUUUGUGCGCAACUUCUUCAAGGCCGCAUACGAAAACACACGGCAAUUCUCAGGCGAGGGCCUAGCACAGGAAUUGCGGCUGACCGAGCCAUUGACACUCUGCAGUAUCAUAAAAUGGUGCUGGAGCAGAUUACCCGGUGGUGUCGUUACCUGGGACGCAUAUGAGCUUUUUCGCAUCGGCGAGUCUGAUUCAAAAUUCGCGCGCCAUGCAUUUGACACCUUCAUACCCAUCAGCGUCGAGUCCGAGGCUCGCAAGCGCAUCAUAUUUGACUUCUUCGACCUUCUCUCUGCCGUGGCGGCAAGAGGCAAGAGCAACGGUAUGGGCGGCAGGAAGCUCUCCCGUUUAGCAGGAUGGUGGGCUUUUGAAUUCGUUGAAGACGGCAAGGGCUUUGACGGCGGCUACAAAACAUGGGAGAAGGCCGCGGAUGCUGCAAGUCAUCUCUUCUUCGCCUACCUCCGAUCGCUGGCGCCAGAUGUAAACACCGUCGGAGGCAUCUCUGCUCUUCCCCGCUCCCUUCAAUCGCUCCUUUCCCAGACCGAAUACCCCCCGCAAACACCGACGCUUAUGCAGACGCGCACAACCAAAGUCGUUAUGAUUGUCGACUCCGUUUCCCCUACACCAUUCGCCCUGUUGCGCCGGGCCAAGCACUUUGAAUACCGAGAUGACGACAAGGCCCUGCAGGAAUUCUCUUCGUAUGAAGAUACCGUAAAGGCUCUGACGGAUGAGUGCCGCAGAGUUCUUGAUUGCAUUGCAACGGCCAACCAGUCGAUUGUUGCGGCUGAUCCUACAACACCAGACCCCUCCUGGUCCCGUUUCGAAGACUUUGGCUUCUCUGGUAUUCUGGACACUCCCAGCACUCCCAAUGGAACCUCGAUAAACGGCGGUACUCGCAACUUUGGACCCAGUGCUCGCUCAAAGAAUACCGACUUUGGCCGCCCGACCACGCCUUCAUGGGCUGAUUUCCUAUCUUCCGGCUUUGCUGACGAGAACAACCAAUCGCCUCCCACAACUCUAUUAAUGCCGACCCAGAAACUACCGCCUCUAGGGGAGAACCGCGUCCACAGCUCUCAAUCACACGUGCGAAACGGCCUCAACGACGAUGACCUCGAGCCUGGCGAGUUGGCAAGCAUCACCCAAUUCGAUCUCGACGAGACAUUCUGGUGGGUUUGGAUGAUCAGUUUGGCGUCUGAGGAGACAACGGAUCGCAAAGCUGCGUUUGGCAGAUGCACACUGAUUGAGACGCGUAUUUCGGGCGCAAAGUGGCUGGUCAUGGAAGAACAGGUGAAGGGUGCUUCUCCAGGUCCGGAAGAGGGUGCCUACAUUGCAGAGAAGAAGUCCAAGUUCAGCUUCACAAAACGUGGGCGACUAGGCCGGCGCAAGUCGACGGGCAAGAAGCCGCCCACAAAGGAACCAUACAGUCGGUCAACGACCAACACGCCCAUGAGCAAGACGAGCAUUGGCCCCGACCAGCACGCAAGGAUUCAAGCUGCGGCCGCCAAGUUGGCGCAAAGCGAGCGGGAUGAAAAGGAUGCCAAAGACUUUGCACAGCGCCGUGGACGUAGUGACGAUACCACAUCCAUCAAGACAAACAGUGUUCUCACUCUACAACCGCAUCUGGUCAACGAAGCAGGCCCAGCUAUGCAGUGGGAUAAGAAAUAUGGAGAGGCCGCACUUGAUCGCGAUGCACUCCGCGCCCAAUACCUGGGUGAUGUAAGUGCAGGCAGAGGUUCUAAGAACAACCUCACAACUGCUGCCAACGGACGCUCUUCACCGCUCCCUCCAAGCGUCUCCAACCGCGAUCUGCCUGCGCUACCAAAGUCCGACAGCGGCUCAUCUCGUUCACCUCCUCACAUCAACACCAAGACAGAUACUUCAGUGACCCCUGUGCCUUGGCCAAAUGACUCACCCACAGAGAAGUCGUUCCCCAAGUCGCUUGCCCAAGAGCAUGCACCAACUCCCGAUGAGCCACAAUCAAGCAUCGGCCCUCAGCACCCGGCUUUGAGGAGCGCUGUGCCUGAGCGCAAGCCCGUCGCUCCCGAGCCAAAGAUUCGCAUGAGCGAAGACCAAGGUGAUGGAAAGAGGAUCUCGCCAAACAAGCUCAAGAAAAAGGAAGGAGGCUUCAGAAAGCUCUUCGGUAGGAAAAAGACCGACGCGGCUACACCCGCAGUCGAAGUGCCAGGAGCAGACGCACAAGCUGCGCACUCGACACAAGCCGACGAAGAGUCCUAUUUCCAAGCGUCAGAUGCCCUACGCAGCACGUCUCGACUGGACGAUCACCCACGUGAGCCAUCGCUGGCCUACGAGAAAUCUGAGGCCCUGCAAGCGCCAACACCCAAGUACGAGCCUAGCGCUACCAGCUCUUCAAGUAUCACAAAGUCAUACCGACCUGGCGCGCCCGCUUCUCCCGGUGCUCCUGCAACACAAGAGGAGGUUGACCAAGCCUUCUCGCGUUUUGACCAAGGCCCUAUGGAGGAUAUGCCAGCUUUUGUACCUGCUGAUGACGAGAGUGAUGAUGAUGCCGCCGCUGCUCCAAGCGUGCCUCGUCGACAGGUUCCGGCGCCUAGGACCCCGACGGAACGUAUGCCACAGCAUGCAGAUGACAUCUCAGAAGAGUCUGUCGAGUUCUCGAAGCAAACAUCGCCAUCUCAAGAUCGAUGGGCGCAGAUUCGUAAGAACGCAGCCGAUCGUGCAGCCAGGCUGAGCGAAGAGCAGACUCGCCGUAGCCGCAGCCAGAGCCAGAGUCAACGAACUGAUGAGGGCGAGACGAGCGGCGAGGAGACCAUCGAAAGCCGUGUCGCUCGUAUCAAGGCACGUGUUGCUGAGCUUACGGGUAACGUCGACGGUCAGCCGACCCCAACAGGCCCCAGCGGAAGACAGUGGUAG